AUGGAACGAGAAGGAAGAGGAGGCUCUUUAAUUCGUGGUUCGAUUGAACCAAUAGGUAUAAAGCCACCGAUUGUUAAGGUUGUUCGACAAGUUGAUUGCCACUGUACAUUGCACGAGAUUACAAAACAAGAGGUCACCUCAGACUCAAGCUCAAGGUGA